AUGGUACGGGUCGCACGAUACCUCGAAGACCAGCCGGUGCGGCUCAUCGGCCCCAACUGCCCCGGCAUCAUCCACACACCAGCACAACUGGUGCUCCACCGAAAAACAACGACCACCACUCAAACCCCUGCAAAACACCCCGGCGCCCGCUGCAAAGUGGGUAUCAUGCCUGGGGCCAUCCAUCUGCCCGGACGGGUCGGCAUCGUCUCCCGCAGCGGCACCCUCACCUACGAGGCUGUCGGACAGCUAACGGGCUUGGGCCUCGGCCAGUCAACCUGCGUCGGAAUCGGUGGCGAUCCGAUUAUCGGCACCAGCUUCGUCGAAGUGCUCCGUCUGUUCCAGGAGGAUGACGACACCGACGCAGUGGUACUGAUCGGAGAGAUCGGCGGGAGCAGAUGGAGCAGGACGCCGCCGCCUACAUCGGCGCGGAACUCACCAAGCCCAUCGCCACCCUGGUAG